AUGUCAGACAACGAUAGCCGCGCCAAAGAAGCGGCCAAACAACUGUUUUGCGGUGGCAUUGCCGGUUCUGUUGCCAAGUCCGUGACGGCCCCCUUCAGUCGGCUCACUAUUCUGUAUCAGGUCCAUUCGAUGGUUACCACAAAACAUGAUAGGCCAGCAUAUGCCAUGAAUUUAAGAGGUGGGUUCCAGAAGAUCGUGGAACGUGGUGGUAUCGCGUCUCUUUGGAAGGGAAACAUGACCUCUGUAUUGCACCGCUUUCCUUAUUCAGCAAUCAAUUUUUACGUCUACGAAAAUACGCUGGAUAUAUUGACUGGAAUCGGUGGGAAACAUGAAGAAGUCGAUGAAACGGUUGCUCAUCUGGCUAGGCGGAUGAGCAUAUCAACUCAAGUGAAGCGUCCAAGUAAAACUUCAACCUCAUCACAGUCUCAAACAAAUCAAACAAAACCAAUUCACAAGUUCAUCGCUGGGGCUGUCGCUGGAACUGCUGCAGUGGUUGGCUGCUAUCCACUUGAUCUGGUAAGAACGCGACUGACAACAGAGUUAGAGGGGCGAGAGCACUAUAAAGGCAUCAGAGAUGCAUUUAGGAAAAUUCUGGCGGAAGAAGGCAUAAUGGGAUUCUACUCUGGAAUUACCCCUACGUUAAUGGUGGCGGUUCCCAACUUUGCCAUAUCUUACAGUGUUUAUGGAACAUUAAAAGAGCACGCUCUGGAUGAUGAUCUCUUUUACAAUCUACGUCGAAUCGAUGCAGACUCUGGAGAACCAAGAUUGGGAUUACUUCUUACGGUAUUAUGUGGUGCGACGAGCGGGUGCAUGUCAACAACCCUUACUUUCCCCAUGGACACUAUCCGAAGACGAAUGCAAAUUCAAAAUCUUCAUAUUGCCGCCGAACAUAGACUGACAUCUCGCCAGCAACUGAUGCGUUUGGUGAAGGAUGAAGGCCUGAUAAGUUUGUACCGAGGAUUGACACCAGAAAUGUUGAAGGUGAUUCCAAUGGUAGGAACAAUGUUCGUAGUCUACGAAUGGUCCAAAGAAAUGCUUGAUGUGAAGCAUAAUCGAAACUUUAUCAUUAUGGCGCGAGGAAACCAAUUUGUUAUGUCGGUCGUCUGGAUCAUUCUUCUUUGCUUCUUCGUUUGGCCUCUAGCUGCCUGUGCAGGUCUUUUGUGGUUGUUCCUACAACCCUUCGAAGCAUGUUUUGAUGUUGUGGGCCAACUUAAUCGCUUCCUGGAGAAGAUCGUCACAUGGCCUCGCGAAUUUGGACAUGCAAUUGCGUCGGGAACCGAGUCAUGUCCACAACCCUAA